UUACUCAUGACCACGUCAACGGUAAAUCCCCCCGCUCGUAAACAUCUUCCCUACGCUACUGCGAAGUCAUUAUUUGUAAACUCGCGUAUCAGAGGUCUGACCUGCGAGCCUUAUCCGGGUAGGCAAAUUGUUGAAGCAUGGCGAAGGGCAAGGCUGAAUCUUCAAACAAAGCUACAGAGCCACAGACGGACAAAGAGAAGAAACCAGACGAAGUUACUGAACCUCAAGAAGAUGAGCUUACCGAGGAAGACAAGCAACUCAAAGAAGCACUAGCCAUGCUUGUAGAAAGGAUAACAGAGCUCGACACCUCUCUUCACAGACCGGCGUUGGAGCAGCUGCGAACGCAGAUUCGGACGUCGACAAGCUCUAUGACUUCGGUCCCAAAGCCGUUGAAGUUUCUACGCGAGCAUUACGAUACGUUGAAGACGGCCUAUGCCAACUGGCCAGACGGACAGAACAGAAAAUUUCUGGCCGACGUGAUUUCUGUUCUGGCAAUGACAAACGUUGAAGGUCAUGAAAGUCUUGAGUAUAGGCUGAAGGGAUCACAAGAACCGUUGGAAUCGUGGGGCCAUGAAUAUGUUCGGCAUUUGGCUGGUGAGAUAAGUCGGGAGUAUGCUGAUCGAACUACUGCAUCUGCAACAGCUGAAGUCGACGACUUAGUGUUGUUAGCUCAGGAAAUUGUACCGUACAAUAUGAAUCAUAAUGCUGAAGCGGAAGCGUGUGAUCUGCUGAUGGAAGUAGAGAGACUAGACUUGUUAGACAAACAUGUGGAUGAAGCUUCAUAUCCACGAGUGUGCUUGUACUUGACAAGUUGUGUGAACUAUGUUCCUGAGCCAGAGGAUUCAAUGUUGCUACGUACAGCUUUAGCGAUUUACCAGAAGUUUAACCGGCCAGCUGAUGCUAUGGUUCUUGCAAUUCGACUAAAUGACAUGGAUCUUGUGCAAGAGAUAUUUACAACAUGUGAAGAUCUAUCUGUACAGAAGCAACUUGCUUUCAUGUUAGGACGUCAACAGAUUUGUUUCGAUCUGGAUCCUAGCAUGUCUAAUAGGGAUGACUUAACUGAAAUUAUGGAGAACGUUCCACUGAAUAACCACUUUUUGUCUCUUGCUAGAGAACUGGACAUCAUGGAGCCAAAGGUUCCUGAAGAUAUUUACAAGAGCCAUCUGGAGACUCACAGAUCGUCUUAUGGACCAUCCAAUGUUGAUUCAGCCAAGCAAAAUCUUGCAGCAUCUUUUGUGAAUGGAUUUCUUAAUUGUGCAUUUGGUCGAGAUAAGCUGUUAAUGGAUGAUGGAAGUAAAUGGAUUUACAAGAACAAAGAUCAUGGUAUGAUGAGUGCAACUGCAUCUCUUGGUCUUAUUCUACUGUGGGAUGUUGACACCGGCUUAUCUCAGAUAGACAAGUAUCUCUAUGCAACUGAUGAUUUCAUCAAGUCUGGCGCUUUAUUGGCAUGUGGCAUUGUCAACUGUGGAGUGAAAAAUGAAUGUGAUCCAGCUCUUGCUAUACUGUCUGAUUACGUGUUGCAUAAUACACACAUUAUGAGGAUUGGAGCUAUAGUUGGUCUUGGUCUUGCUUAUGCUGGCUCAGCACGUGACGAAAUCAUUGAUCUUCUGCUUCCUGUUUUAUCUGAUGAAAAGUCUCUGAUGGAGUGUGUUGGCAUGACAGCCUUAGCAUUGGGCAUGAUCGGCGUAUCAACCUGUCAUGCUGAAAUUACAGCAAUCAUUUUGCAAACAAUGAUGGAGAGAUCAGAAGAACAGCUGAAAGAUCCAUUUGCAAAAUACCUGGCAUUAGGACUAGGACUCACAUACUUGGGCAAGCAAGAUGCUGCAGAGGUUGUGGUUGCAUCUCUUGAAGUUGUUCCUGAUCCUCUUGGAACAUUAUCGAGGGUAAUGGUAGAAGUGUGUGCAUAUGCAGGAACCGGCAAUGUGUUGAAGGUUCAGAAUCUGCUUCAUACAUGUAGCGAGCAUUACGAGACAGAAAAGGAUCAGGAGAAAGAGUCAGGAAAACAGAAACAGGAGUCUGGUCAUCAACAUGGUAGUGGUUCUGGUACACCAAACUCUGGAAGUGAAGCCAGCACAAAACCUGUUCAGGACGCUACUCAUCAGGCGAUGGCUGUUCUUGGGAUUGCUCUGAUUGCGGGUGGAGAAGAGAUUGGAGCUCAGAUGGCCAUGAGAUCUUUCAGCCAUUUGUUACAGUAUGGUGAACCGGUUAUUCGUCGAGCCAUUCCCUUGGCUCUGGGGUUGUUGUCGACGUCUAAUCCUCAGCUGAAUGUUUUGGAUAUGUUGAGCAAGUUGUCUCACGAUACUGAUGCCGAAGUGUCUCACAAUGCUAUAUUUGGUCUUGGACUAGUUGGAGCAGGUACAAACAAUGCUCGACUUGCUGGUAUGCUUCGUCAGUUGGCCAUGUACUAUCACAAAGACGCAAACAACUUGUUUAUGACCAGAAUUGCACAGGGUCUAACUCACGCCGGGAAGGGAACGUUGACGAUGAAUCCUUAUCAUCAUGAUCGGACUCUUGUGUCUCGUGUUGCUCUUGGUGGACUCUUGUCUGUGCUUGUUGCAUGUCUAGAUGUCAAGAAAAUGAUACUUGGUAAGAGCCAUCAUUAUCUUCUGUACUACUUGGUUCCUGCCAUUCAACCUCGAAUGCUGGUCACACUUGAUGAAGAUUUGAAGUCGGUGUCAGUUACAGUGAGGGUUGGGCAGGCAGUUGAUGUCGUCGGUCAAGCAGGUAAACCAAAGACCAUCACCGGAUUUCAAACUCAUUCGACUCCCGUUUUAUUGGCAUAUGGGGAGAGGGCCGAGUUAGCUACCGAAGAAUAUGUAUCGCUGAGCCCAAUUAUGGAAGGAUUGGUCAUUUUGAAGAAAGUUCAUGAGUCAUCUUAGAUUUAGAGGGAAUAAUGCAACUCAGAUAGACUGUAUGUGUGAAUUGUGCAUAUCAGUUGUGUGCAUUUUGGCUUUGCUGGAAAGCAGAGAAUUGUAGUAGAAAUAAUAGGAUAAUAAGUUUCUCUUGUACUGUA